AAUAUUCCCUAGUUGCUCCUCCUCUCUGUUGUUGCGCUCCGCGAAUGCCGCGAAGCUCACGGGCGCACGCACACACGCACAUACACCGAAGAAGCGCCGAAGCGCUUGUGGUGAACGAAGAGGAGUCAGAGGAGCGCUGUUGGUGUACGCACACACAGCAAAAUAAAUUGAUCGAGAAACGAAAGGACUGCGCGUUUUGUCUAGUGCCGAGUUACGUCUAGCCUCUUCGCGCGCCUAGUAACUGGUCGGCACAGAAGCCGCAACGCCUCUUCCGGCUGCCGUGAAGCCACGGAUCACUUCGCCGCAAGAUGACCAUCAUCACCCAGCCGCUGACCGAAAAGAAGUUGGCCAAGUCUCAGCAGGCCAAGCCCUUGGUUCAGCAUGAGUCGGGUGGGGAAGGAGACGUGGAGGGCAGCCCCAUCAUUGUCACGAUGCGGGCACGGCGUGUGAGCACGACCACCACGCUAUGCGUCUUCAUCACCGCCUUUCUGGUCCUGGCCACGGGAAUCGUGGGCGGCGUAUACCUCUAUCGCCAGUUCACUCAUUACAAGCUCCGCCACUUCCGCGGCUGGUGCGGAGUGCCGUACGUGUCCGACUCGGAAAAGUCCGGCCGCGUCCACGGAGCGGACUUGUUGCGAGCCCACGACGGAUCGCUUCGGCCCGAGAGCUCAAACCCCAUCAUGGAUUCCGUCAGGGACAACUUUUUCCAGGAGCAAUUUGACCUGGACCUUGAGUUUGAGCAGUACGAGGAGAUUGAGGUGCCGGACUUCACGCACGGCCGGCGGGGCCGCUUUAUCCAUGACUUUGCGGUGAACAAGACGGGCAUCGUGGACAUGGACGGCCAGCGCUGCUUCGUCAUGCCCCUCAACCGCACCCUGGUGCUGCCCCCCCACUCUCUCUUCGACCUGAUCGUCAGGAUGAGGGCCGGCUACUACGAAGUGGACACAGAGAUAGUGCGGGAGCGGAUGAGAGUCGUGACGCCACCCAUCCUAGACUUUCGGGACCUGGGCUACUACAUUGCCCGCGAGUGCUCAUCCCUCCCCACCUACCGCCUGGAGAGGAUGACUAAUGCGGUUUACAAGCGCAGCCUGGACGCAAAGCACCAUGCCACCUUUGUGGAGUUUGCCGGGCACAAUAUUGUACAGCUCGACAUUGCCAACAUUGAAGCUGCUGUCGGUGGACCCAGCCGUGCUUAAAGUCACAAAGGCCCGACAUGUGAAGGUGCUUGACAAGCAAAGAGCUCCGACUCCCUUUGUUAAAACACCCCCUAUUUUUUCUUUACUCUUUUUUGUAAUGUUUCAUUUAAAAAAUAUACACUCUUAGAUAUAAAAGUGUAGUUUGGGAGUAAACUGUUAUUUUACUCCAUCUCAAGAUAAGUACCUUGUAACAACUUCCCAGUAAGGGUGUAAACCAUGCAUUCUCUCCCUUAUGAGGGAAUCUUAUACAUAGUGGCAUGUGUCUCGGGGGUGUGAAAAAUCAGACUCGCGGAUACACGUUUGUAACAUGUUCCUUUUCUUCUAAGAGUGCAGAAAGUCAUUUUCUCCUACCUUUAUUUUUUUCAAUGCUCAUCGGUCAUUGUGAGCUUGCCACGCAUUCUUAAGGUCCCGCCCGACGGGUCAGGGCCCUCUUGUGCCAUGCGUACGUUUUUGGGGAGUGCCAGGGCCCCGUGGCAAGGACAGUGGCGGGGGCAACCGUCGCUCAAGCGCCCUGUUUGUCGGUUCUGCCCAGCACAAUGCAGAACGCUUGUCCCCACCACCUAUUCCACAGUCUGCUACUCCGGCAGAUCUAGUCACUCAUUUGGCUAAUUACUAAGGGAUGACGAUCCACUUUUGUGCACACUCAACAAACACUCCGUCGUUUCAUGAGAGAAAAAAAAAAAGCGCCUCCGUGACGCAUACAACUCUUGGUCGUCGUAAACGCGAGCUGCGAUGAAAGCACUCGUUUUCUUGCCAUGUUGGGGGCAGCACUGUGAAAGGUGCGAGCAUGAGGCAUGGAGAACUUUCGAGAUGCUUUUGCAAGAAAAGCGUUUCUCGAAGCCUCGUGCUCGCAACAGUGCCUUUCGUAACACUGCGUACACCUCAUUAAGCGGUAUGUUUCGUGUUUAUCGCUUUGACGGUUUGUGGUACCUCUUCGAGCAAGGACAUUCUCUGCUCCAGCUAUGAAUGCUGUUGUCGUUCUUGAGCUCGUCUGGUUUUAUGACAUUGCCACUAAAUUUUUGCAUCAGCCGUAACAAAACGAAACAAAUAUUCUGCCAACAUUUUAUUAAUGUUGGGAAUUCUCUUUCCAUUUUAUUGCAAUGUUUGCUAUGUGUUCAUAGUUAGCCUACAUGUGUUGGGUUGGCCAACUCUAGUGUUCGACGAGUACAGUGAUCCAACUUCUUGCCCGUGUGUUCUGUUUCGUCUCUGCAUGUGCACGAGAGUAGUGCAUUGUGUCGCCUCAUCGCCGCUUUCCAGUAAGCCUGACGUAUUUUCAGAGCCAUACGCCUGACCCCGCUUUCCUUGUCGAAACUGUUAUCAUAUUGGGGAGCGUGUCAACUGACGUCUACAAGCGUGCAGAUAUUUUUUGCUGAAAGCUGGCUCGCAAUUCUUGUUUCUUUGUGUUCCCACAUCAGGCACGUAGCUAGGGGGGGGGGGGGGGGGCCCAUGGGGCCCGGCCCCCCUCCCCCCACCCAAAUCUUCCAUUUUGUUGGGACCUCCUCUCCCCCUCAUCCACAUUUUGUCAUGGGCACCCCCCCCCCCCCGCCCUCCGAAAUAAAAUCUUGGCUACGUGCCUGUCCCACAUGGAAAAGUCGUGGAUAUUAAAACACCAAAUUGUGUCUAACCCAUUUGAAAUGAGUGAGAACGUUAAAAUAUGAGAUUUGUAUAUCUGUACAGUUCUGAAUCUUGUUUAGUUCUAUUUUAUACAUUUGUUGUUUUUUUUUUGUUUCCAGCUAUUAAGGUUCACAAUUGUUGAGUUUUUCUGUGCAGAUCAGAUUUAAGUACACCCAUCUUCCUAUUAACCGUACUGGCCGCAGUUUAACUUAGCACAACCAUACGCCCCAAGAUUAAGGAGAAAUGUGUCGUUGGAACAGGAUUUGCUUCGUUACGAUUGAAUCGUGCUACCAGCAAAGCUUUAGCAUUGUCGAAGUGAGGUGCUGUAUGUACUAUGUACCACGCUAGGUCUGUCUGACCAAAGAACGUCUCUUUCAAAUGUGCAUACCCGUUUCUCUCAGUUUGAUGGUUUUCUGCUGUAUCCCUUCGUUACCACACGCAUGUUUAGCCUGUUUAGCGGCGAGUGAACAGAAUGGGAGGCCUGGACGAUACGCGCAGGACACGGGUUCACUGAAGCACAAAGGAAGCCAUUUUGUCGAAACCGCACAGGCAUUGUUGCUAGUGGGCUCGUUUUUUCUUCUCCGUUGUAUCGUCCUUUUUGGGAUUUGGUCAAUAAAAGAGGUGGAGAGACGUA